GAGAAGCGGUAAGUUCACUGCGGUUUUUGACUGAACUCCUGGCACAAAACAUCGCCAUGAAGGUAACAAGCAUCUUUCUUCUCUGUGCCUUGGCCCUGCUGAGUUUAUCUGGUAACACUAGAGCUGACUCCCUGGGAAGACGGGCUCAGUGUAACAAUCAGGUGCGUGGAUGUACCAAGAACUAUAACCCUGUCUGUGGAACUGACGGAAAUACUUAUUCUAAUGAAUGCGUGUUAUGUAUGGAAAAUCAGAAGCGCCAGACGCCUGUCCUCAUUAAAAAAUCUGGGCCUUGCUGAGAACCAAGGUUCCGAAAUCCCAUGAGGUCACCACAAACCCUGGCUGGCUCGGUUGUUGAAUAAAAUGCAUCUAAAUACUU